CUCGAGGGGUUUUUCUCCACUGUGGGUCCCAUCCGAAAGUGCUUUCUUGUGGCACAGAAAGGCGCGGAGACGCAUCGAGGGAUGGGAUUCGUGCAAUACGCGCUAGCAGAGGACGCAGAGAGGGCAGUGAGGGAGCUUGGGGGAAAGCGGCUGGAGGGGCGACCUCUGGCAGUGGAACUGGCGAAGAGGAGAGCACCUCUGGGGGAACGGCUGGCUAAACGAGGGCCACGGCCGCAAGCACACCAGGUGGAGGACCAGGACGAUCUGACCGGCCUGCAUGGGCUGGGGAGGAGCAGCGCGCCAGAUGGAGGGAGGACUGUUGCUACAGAUGCCAUGGGCAGGAGAAUACCCACUCGCAUCACCUUCCCUGCUGCUGACUCCGAUGCUGCUGCCCUUGCUGCUGCUGCUGCUGCUGCUCCUGUUGCUGCUGCUGCUGCUGCUGCUGCCACACCUGCUGUCCCUGCUUCCCCUGCUGCUGCUGUGAGUGCACCUGCUGCCCUCCUCACACCUCUCCUCUCUCCUCCCUUUUCCAGGCGAGCCCGCACGGUGGUGUUCGGAGGGCUCUCAUCCCCAGCGGCAGUGGCGCAAGUCCUCUCUGCCGCUGCCGCCAUCUACCACCGAGGAGGAGGUCGCAUACCCUCUUCCUCCCUCUCCGUCCUGUCCCGCUCGCCCUUUUCCCAGGCCAGCCCGCGCGGUGGUGUUCGGAGGGCUUUCAUCUUCAGCAGCGGUAGCUCAUAUCCUCUCUCUGUACUGCUGCUCUCAUGGCAACCCCCUCCCCUCUCCCCGCUUCACCACUCCCGCACAGUGGUGUUUGGAGGGCUCUCAUCCCCAGCAGCUGUUGCACAUGUCCUCUCUGCUGCUGCUGCCAUCGCUACCCCUGAGGAGGUCACCAACCCGCUGCCAGAAGAUGCACUGAAGGAGAGAGGCCUAGCCCUUGACGGCUGCACCCUCCCCGCCCUCUCUGUCGUCUUCCCCUCGGUGCGGGCCGCCCGCCAGGCUGUGGCAUCGCUGCACGGCUCUACGGUUCCAGGCGGUGCGGAGGAGGGCGGCGCAGAGGCUGGUGGCUCGGAGCAGAGUGGUACUGUGUGGGCGAGGCAACUAGGCGGCGAGGGUUCUAAGACUCUCAGCAAUCGGGUCAUAGUUCGCAACCUGCCCUUCAAGGUGGCAGAAGCUGAUUUGAGAAAGGCCUUUGCUGUUGCGGGCUUCCCAUGGGCUGUCAAGAUACCGCAUGGGGAGGACGGCAGGCCUCGAGGAUUCGCCUUUGUCACCUUCACCACAAAGAGCGAUGCAGCAAAGGCUAUUGAAAAGGUCAACGGCACGACCAUCAACGGCCGAGCCGUCUCGGUGGGAUGGGCGGUGGCAAAGAGAGAUCACGUGGAGAGUGUGGAGAAGGAGAAGGCGAAGGAGAAUAGAGAUGGGUUGUCAAUGCUGUUUGAUGAUGAAGAUGAGGAGAUGAAUGAGGGAGGGGGGGAUGAGGAAGAGGAAGAGGAAGAUGAUGAGGAAGAGGAAGAUGAUGAGGAAGGGGAGGAGGAAGAGGAAAUGGAAGAAGUGGAAGAGGAGGAUGAGGAGAGGGAAGCAAGGGUGAAUGGUCUUUUAGAUAUGGAAGCAGAGGAGGAGGAUGAGGAGGAGGAAGAUGAAGAGGAGGAAGGGGAGGAAGAGGAGGAAGAAGGAAGUGAGGAGGAAGAGGAUGAGGACGAGAGUGAGGAGGGAGAGGAAGAGGAGGAUGAGGAGGGGGAAGAGGAAGAAGAGGAGGAGGAGGAUGAAACAUCAGAUGAAGAUGAUGAGGAGGAUGAAGAGGUAGAUUGGGAGAUGGAAAUGGGUGGUGGUGGUGGUGGCAGCAGUGGUGCCGUGCAAGGGAGUGAGAAGGAUAUGAUGCUACGGGUGCUGUCCCGUGUGGUUGAGCUGGGGAAAGGAGGACAGGAGCAGGGGGGGGAGGGGAUGAGGGGCACCGUGGAGGAUGUAGGGGCGAAAGGGAAGAAGACAGGCUCUGGUGAUGGCAAGGAGCAAGGGACGGGUGUGGAGGAAGGGGAGGUGAAGGAAGGGAAAGACGGGAAGGGAGGGAAGGAUGGGAAGGGCGAGGAGGCAGAGGCACCACCAGCGACGGUGUUUGUGAGGAACCUGCCGGUGGAUGCCUCAGCUGACCGCAUCCGAGCAGCUUUUGAACGGUUUGGGAAGGUGGCUGACUGCAGAGUCGUGCUGCACCCGGUUACCAGUUGGGCACUUGGGUUUGGGAAGGUGGCUGACUGCAGAGUCGUGCUGCACCCGGCGUCUGAUCCGUUCGGCAAGGUGGUUGACUAUUGUGUGGUGCUGUUUGCUGCACCCAGUUACCAGGAGGGGGUGAUCAAGGAGGGAACACGAGCAGCGGAGGGAAUGCCGGCAGCAGACAUGGAGAAGAGGAAGAGGCUGCAGCGUGAGAAGCUGAUGAAAUUAAGGAGUCCCAACUUUGCCGUGUCAUUAACGCGCCUGGCAGUGCACAACGUGCCUCGGGAGAUGGAUGAGAAGCAGCUGAAGCAGGUGUUUGUGGAUGCUGUGAGGGCGAGAGCCAAGAAGCAGAAGCCACAUGUGAAGCAGCUGAAGCAGCUGUUUGUGGAUGCUGCUAGGGCGCAGGCCAAGAAGCAGAAGCCACAUGUGAAGCAGUGGGGUGAAGCAUACGUGAGCCCAUUUGACAACCACCAUCCACCCCUCGUUUCCAUUGUCAACCCUCUUCCAUCGUCCUCCCUUUCACCAAGGAAGCAUCAUUUGACCACCUUCUCGUCUUCUGAUUGCACUCCUUCCAACCGUCGUCCACCCCUCUCUUCCAUCGUCCUCUCAUUUCUGCAGGUGAAGGUGCUGAGGGAAACAGACCGGGUGAAGGUGCUGAGGGAAACGGACCGGGUGGGGCCGGAUGGAAAGCCGCGGUCCAAGGGAGCGGCGUUCAUUGAGUUUAGUGAGCAUCAGCACGCUGUGACGGCACUGAGAGCACUCAACAACCAUCCCAGUGAGUGCAGUGCGAUGCACUAUGGUGAAAUACUGUACUGUGCGGUGGACCCUGCAAGUGUCAAAGUGGCGUUUGAUGAGUUUAGCGAGCUUGAGCACGCGGUGGCGGCGCUGAGAGCACUCAACAAUUAUCCCAGUCAGUGCAAUGCGGUGCAGAGAAGUGCAGUAGAACAGCAGGCAAAGGGAGCGGUGUUCAUUGGGUUCAGUGAGCAUCAGCAUAGGGUGGCGACGCUGAGAGCACUGAACAACCAUCCCACCAUCUUCUCUCAUGACAAGCUCGCCCAUAGCAGAGUUUGCGAUCGAGAAUGUGGCCAUAGUGAGGCAGAGGCAGCACACUUCCAUACCUCUCCUUACUUCUGUGCCGCCCUCCCUCGUCCAUGCCCCUCCCUUGCAUCCCUUGCAGCGAUUUUCUCUCGUGACGCUCGUCCCAUAGUGGAGUUUGCAAUCGAAAACGUUUCGAUAGUGAAGCAGAGGCAGCACACGGUGAGACAGCAGAGCGACAGGCGACAGGCAGUGCGGCAACAGCAGAAGCAGGAGAAGAGGCAGCAGCAGCAGCAGCAGCAGCAGCAAGAAGCUGGGCCCACUGGUUCGGGCAAAGCAAGGGGUGCAAAGAGAAAGCCUGAGGAGGGCGAGGCGCCUGCUGUUGGUGAUGCUAGGGGCUUCCCAGCGAAGAAGAAGCAGAAGCAGGUGAAGGGAGGGAAGGGGCAGGGUCAGCAGGGGAAGGGGCAGGGGAAGGACGUGAAGGGGCCUGAGGGACCACAGGGGCAAGCAGGUGGGAAGGCGGGCGCUGCAGCAGAGCAGCAGAGGAUUGGUGCAAAGACAGCAGGUGCAGCAGAGCAGGGAGGGGCGAGAGGCAGUGGGAAGGGCGAGUUAAAGAGGAAGCAGAAGAGUGCAGCAGGGAGCGCUGGUGUGUCUCCUGCUGCUGGAUUGGAAGCUGCUGCUACCUCUCAUGCUGCAUUGAGCCCUGGUGCUAAAAAGGCAAAGACGGACCCAAGGAGGGGAGCAGCAGCACUGGCAAUGAAAUCUGUUGCUGCCUCUCCCGGUUCUAAAAAGGCAAAGACAGACGCAAGGAGAGGAGAAGCAGCAGCCGCAGUGAUGGAGGCUAGGCGGGCGCAGGCUGCACUGGCUGGGCUGGGGGGAGGUGGUGGGGGGGAGAGGGGCAAGGUGAGGAGCAAGAAGGGGUCGGAACACCAGGAGUUGGUGGAUGAACUUGAUAGGCUCGUGGCGGCUUACAGAGCGAAGAACUAUGGGUGA